UUACCGGCUCUAUCAUGGGCCUUGCCGCUGCCGACGUCCUCGUGAUGCUCGAGUAUGUACCAUUCGCCGUUUAUGAAUAUAUAGUCCUCCCCGAGCGCAGACUCUUCCCCUAUGGCUGGGCCGUUUUCGUGCUUUUUCACAUGCACUUUAGCCAGCUGCUACACACAAUCAGCAUCGGACUCACACUGACUCUUGCCGUCUGGCGCUACAUCGUUGUCAGGUUUCCCCAAUGUAGCCGUAUUUGGUGCACAUCUAUAAGAUGUCGAGUGGCCUUAGUAAGCAGCCUUCUCACAGCUGUCCUCGCCUGUGCCCCCAGCUACUUCGUCUUUGAGAUUCGAGAACAGAUGCUAUUUGAAAACAACGGCCAGGAGCUGCUGUAUCACGUGGAUGCAAGCAAGAGCCUCUCGAGCAACGACGCUAAUGGACAAGUCUUCCUCUACCGUCUUAAUUUCUGGCUCCUCGGUGUCCUCGUUAAACUACUUCCGUGCAUUGUACUCACCGUUAUUAGCUGUCGACUUAUACAAGCCCUUUACAACAGAGCGAAGGCCCGUAGGCGUUUACUGCGUCCGAUAGACGGCCAGGAGCUGCCCAACGUGGGAGGGACGGAACGCCGAGCGGACCGCACAACGCGCAUGCUUGUGGCUGUUCUCCUGCUUUUCCUUAUUACGGAGAUACCCCAGGGUGUACUGGGUCUACUCUCGGCUCUUCUCGGAGACUGUUUCUUUCGAAGCUGUUACCACAGUCUUGGGGAGAUUAUGGACAUACUUGCCCUUUUCAACGGUUCGGUCAACUUUAUCCUCUACUGCUCAAUGUCUCGACAGUUCCGCAUGACCUUUGGCAGACUGUUCAAACCAAGUAUCCGAGUUAGCAAAUGGCAACCAGCUUGUACGCAUCAGACUGACGUCCAGAGCACUCAAAAAAAGUUCAUACGGUGUGAACGAAAGAAUUUACUUCAAAAAUAAAAAGCCAACCUGGAGA